AUGGCAACACACGCCGAGACUGCGUGCCACCCCGCCGCCGGCUCGCAGCACGCCGUGGGUCCUAAGUGCACGCCUUCUUCCGGUUUCCUCCGUCAGGACCAAUCAGCGCUCAGCGCGCCCGUCAGACAAAAGCAAUGGAAUAAUCCUGCUCGUCAUUUCAGCCGAGUAGAAGCCUGUCUUUCUCUUGCUGAGUCAAUCACAGCCUUGCUUGCUCAUCACCACGCUUUUCCUCCACUCCCGGGAGGUACGACGUGUGGAUUCCCCAGCCCCUGGGCCACACUCACACAUGGGUGUGUACAAGGACACAAACCAGUGCACAGGCUUCAUCCUCUUCUCCUCUCUGGUCCAGAGUCACACUGGUGUUACGGGAUUCAAGCCAAGGCCUCCAACUACACCUGCCUGGGGCCAGAGAGGUGGGCAGGAGACUGUCAAAAGGACCGUCAAUCCCCCAUCAGCAUUGUUACCAGCAAGGCGAAGCUAAGAGAAGACCUGAAGCCCUUCUCCUUCUCUGGCUAUGACAGGAAGCAUAAGUGGACUGUCCAAAACAAUGGACACUCAGUCAUGGUGCUGCUGGGGGAAGGGAUCAGCAUCUCUGAAGGAGGGCUGCCAGCCAAGUACCAGGCCAAGCAGCUGCACCUGCACUGGUCCAGGGAGCUGGACAGCGGCUCUGAGCACAGCCUGGAUGGGGAGCGCUUUGCCAUGGAGAUGCACAUAGUCCAUGAGAAGGAGAAGGGGGUGCUGCUGAGGAGGGAAGAUGAGGACCGGAACGCGGGAGAUGGGAUCGCAGUGCUGGCCUUCCUGGUGCAGGCUGGAUCUAAGCACAAAGGCUUCCAGGCCCUGGUGGAGGUGCUGGAUGACAUCGCCACCCCUACUCAGGGGGUGGUGCCCAGCCUCAGUCACAGUCCCCACAGAGCUACAGGGCCUCUGAGAAGGGAGCCCCCACCCCCCACCCCCAGCUCCCUGGCUGAGCAAGCGCUGGUCCUUCCCCAGAUCCUGGCCUUCUCCCAGAAGCUGUACUUCGACAACCAGAAGCGGCUAAGGCUGACGGACAACUUCAGGCCCCUGCAGAACCUCCGGGGGCGUCUGGUGCUGAAGUCCCAGGCUGCGGGAGCCCUGCUGCCCUGGGCCCUGCCCUCACUGCUGGCCCCUCUGCUCGCCCUGCUGGCCGGCCUCUUUCCCUGAGGACUCGCUUCUGGACAUUUGACUUCUGACCCUGGCUCCUUGAGGGCUGGGGCCUCUGUUCCUGGGACUCCCUGGGAUGGACUUGGGGCAUGAUUAACAUAUGGAUCUAUUUUUAGAGAAA